UCUUUGCGCGUUCCAUGGCGUAUGGUGUAGAAAAAUGUCCGCUGUUUCUUAAAGCGAAGGCGAAGUAGAUGACUUUUAGUGUAUACAUAUUUUUAAGAUUUACAUAACGUAAUCCAGAGCUUCUUUUUUGAUGAGGAGUUAAUCAAUGAAGAUGUCUUCAGAUUGACGAGGAAUUCAUCUCAGAAGCUGAAAGAACAAAACGCAUGGUACAGAUGGUGCUAUCAACUAAAAAGACAAAAAUGCGCAGAAGGAACACUGUUAAGGAUGGAUCAAACAAAUCUUCACAAACUUUACCAGCAGAUGCCUCUCCAGAUUCCAAAUGUCCCAUCUGUCUUGACCAGUUCAAUAAUAUGGCAUAUCUAGAUCAAUGCCAGCACAGAUUCUGUUUUCGAUGUAUCCACGAGUGGUCAAAAAACAAAGCGGAAUGCCCCUUGUGCAAGCAACCUUUUAAUAAAAUUUUUCAUAGUAUGAAAGCAAAGGGUGACUUUCAAGAAUUUGUGCUUUCUGAGAAUGGCUCUUUCAACAAUUCUGAUGGCCCUAGGUUCAGAUACCGAACCACUUUGACUAGGGAGCACAGACCGUUAAAUCCACGCAGAAUUACUUCAUCCCCUCCAGACAAUGGCCUACUUUUUGAGGGUCUUGGUUCUAAUCCUCAAUCCCAUAAUGAUCGAGGUGCUCACCGAAUGAUGCUUAGGCUUGCAGCUAGAAGGCAAGCUCAGCCUGAUGGCAGGUCGGCAAGGGUUAUGCAGGAGCAGAACAUGAUCAAUUUUAGGCGAGCACUAUACCGAAAUGGUAUGCGUGUUCGAUCUGUACGUGAUGGUGGCCGCUACAGAGACAUUUCAGCUGAUUUUUUUAGGAGAAAUCCGGCUUGUCUUCAUCGAUUGGUCCCUUGGUUGAGACGUGAGCUAACUGUGCUAUAUGGUGCUCAUGGAUCUCUGAUUAACAUUGUACAGCACAUUAUUAUGACAUGUAUAACUAGAUGUGAUAUGGAAGAUCAGUCCAUCCAAGAGGAGUUAAGACCAUUUUUAUUAACGCGCACGGAUCAUUUUAUGCAUGAGUUUAUUAGUUUUGCUCGUGCCCCAUUUAGUAUGGAGGCGUAUGAUCGGCACGCUGUGUAUGACUGUCCUGCACCAUCCUAUGAAGAAGGAAGUAGUUCAGAUUCAUCUGUCAUAACUAUAUCUGCAGAUGAAGCAGAUUCUGAUGAUGAGAGAAAAAGAUCACCUGCAUCUGUGCCUAGUGUUGCUCUUAGCCAGGCUCCCUGGGAUGAUGAAACUCCUGGUCCAUCAUAUUCAUCUGCAGGUCAGGUUCAGACCACUUCAUUGACUCCACUUGAAUCUCAAAGCAGUGAGGAUGAAAUAGAAGGAGGAGAUGCAGUUUGCUCAGUACAAGACAAUGCUCCGGUCAAGAGUGAUCCAAUAGUUAAUGAAUUGUGUGAUGCUUCUGCCUUGGAUGAAGACUGUGUUAUUGUUGGCUAUGUUAAACCAAUUGCAGAAAGGACUCCAGAGUUAGUUCAGCUGUCUUCUGAUUCUGAGGAAUCAAUGCAAGAAGGUAUCUUAGACACAGCUCCUCUACUUCAGCCUAAAACUUCCCCCAGUAGAGACAGCUCCUCUUCCUCUGUUUGUUCACAUAUUUCCAAUGAAGAACCUUCCCAAAGAACAAACAAGUCUAAAAAACAAACUAGUAACAAAAGCAGAGGUACCAGUAAUUUAAAACAUGAUGAGCAGUCUUUCAAGCUAUCUCACUCCUUUCAUCACAAUAAAAGUUCCAAACGAACUGAUGAUGACCAGUCUUCGAACAAAAAGAGACAUCACCGGGACCAUACAGCACAUAACAGGAGACAUCGUUCUAAAGAAAGAAAGUCGAGGAGCAAUGAUAGAUUGAGAACAAGGCACAAAAGGAGAUCUAGAAGUACAGAUAACUGGUGUGAAAAAAGUCAGUCUGUAUCAUUGACCAGCUGCAACUUGCUGCCUAGAGGAAGAAGGCACUCAAGGUCUGGAAGCAGAGAGUACAAUUCUAGAGAUUUUCAUCCAAGGAACAGAGACAUUGACAAUAAAUACUCUCGAUAUAAACAUGAGAAAUCUUAUUCAUACAGUUGGGAUUCCUAUAAUAGCUACAGUAGAGAGAGAGUACUCAGUGAUUCUUUACAUAUACAGAGUAGGUCUUACUGUUCAAACUACUAUACAACUCCAGACUAUAGUGUCCAGUCCCGGUCAAGCAGUAGAAGCCAUCAAGACAACAGUUACAGAGGACGACGGCGGUCUAGGAGCUUUUCAAGUAGCAGUUCCCAGGGUUCUACUGCCAUCCAUUGUCAAACCAGACAUGAGAAACCAAGUGGAAAGAGGAAGUAUAAAACGCAUCACUUGGAAAGUACCUCAAAAGAAAGAAGAAAAUCUCGGGGUUCACCACUACGCAGCCGGGAUCAGAACCGACACAAGAAUUUAAGGAAAAGCCGGAGUCCAAGUGUGGUAAUUGUUUAUGAAAAGAAAUCUACAAUUGAUGGCAGGCGACGUCAUAAGAAAAAGUUGCAUAAAAAGAGAAACCGGAGACAAUCCAGCAAAGUAAGAGAGAACUUGUCUCCUACUGUUAUUACAAUUCAUAGCGACAGUGAUUGUGAUCAUUCUCCAAAAUCUGCCAGUCCUCCAGCACAAGAUCAGUUACUGAAUAGGAAAAAUAGUACAGUUGAGAUAUCUCCUCCCAUAAAUAACUUAAAUGAGGACUGUGAGCUUUCUUGUGCACAAAUUCCUGCAUGUGCCGUUUCCGAAAAUGGUUUGGGUUCUGCACCUAUAGAUGAUGUUUCUAUUAACAACACCAGUUCCAUAAAUAAUAAUGACAUAAUGCAAAACCUAUGCCCAAUGGAUUAUGUUACUUCAGAUACACAGAGAAGUGGAAAUGAUUUAAUCGCAGCAGAUCAAUUUGAUGAAGUUAAUUGUUUUGAAAACAUUCCUGAAGAGACAAUGUCGCUAAGCACUUCCCAGGAGUCCAUAUUUGAUUUCAAACUUGAUGCUUCACAAAUGACUUCAUCUGUUUAAGUUUUUUUUUUUAUUAUUAUUUCUUAGCAUUUUCAACAACAGUCUCAUACACUGCAGUUUUUCAGCUCAAUUUUUGAUAUUUAUGCUUGUGAUUUUUUUUCUUAUAAACUUACAAAGUUAGCAGUGAAUUUAAUUUGUACAUUAUAUAAGAACUGUAUAAUAUUGAUUAAAUAUUUUUUUUUUAAAUCUUUUGUUUGAAAAAGUUUUCAUUUUAUAGAAAUAUUUGGAUUGGUAGAUACGUUGCAAUGCAUACUCAGGGCAAUAUUUUGAAUAAUUAUACUGCUUUUAUUCUCGUCCAGUUAUAACGAUAUCAAGUAAGUUGAUGUUGUCCAACUUAAAAUGUGAUUGGUCUUUGUAUUUAUAUUUAAAAACAGUUUUUAUAGUUUUUUUUCUAUUUUAGUUUUGUAUUAUGUACUUUCAAUUUUCUGAUCCCAGUUAGUCCAGUAGAGUUCUACUGGAAGCAUUAGAAAUUGAGUUGAACUAAAAUAUUAACACUAGAAUUACCAGAGCCUACAAAAAAACUCGUAGAUCUGUCCCACUUUAAAUCUCUUCGCACCUCUCCAUCAGCAUCUUUUGUCCUGUAAAUGUGUCGAUAAGCAGCCUGCUAUCACAUCCCCCACCGCCACACCGUUUUCUCGGCUCAAGUCUGUUUACCUGCAUGUCAGUUGCUUAGAGUUGUAUAGAGUGAGAAGACAAGCAAAAUGACGCCUUUUAUAAAUACUAUAUCGUUAUUUGGAACACAUGCAUUUCAUGUGUGUUCCAUGUCUACAACAAUCUAUGUACAGUAAACACAUCAUUAAAACAGAAAAGUUUUUCAUGUUUUAGUAAUAAUUGACAAAAUGUAGACAUGAAGUGUAUAAUGUGUGAAGCCUGAAUUCCAAAUAUCAAACAGUUUUACAAAAGGUACAAAUAUAACAGAACAAGUGCACUUCUAUUCAAGAAUAUAACUGCAGAAAAAGAAGGGUGUGACAUUGACACGUAUUUGCUACGAUGCUUUGGUGGCACAACGGUAUCAACUGUUGACUGGUAAUCAAAACUUCACAGGUUCGACCCCAGACGAGUCCGUUUUGAGAAGUGAGCUGCUCUUAUUCUUACUAUUUUAGAAUAAAAACAUACAUUUGAUUUCCGUCUGUAACAGCGGGUAUAAGUUUGUGAUACUUGUAAAGGUUAGCUUUGUUUUUGUUUUUUGUUUUUUUCUCUCAAUCGCGUUCACAAUCCCACACCCCCCCUCUCCAUCGGACAUUGCUGCUUUCACGUAAAGACGUGCUUUAACAUAGGUGAACUUGGAUCAUGACAACGGUUCUACAUCGGUUCAAGAAUGCAUGUCGCACUUUUGCCAUCGCUGUACUUUGUAUACGUACAUGGGAAGCUCUGCAGUCUACUUGUGACUUUAUGCUGUAGGAAGUAAGUAAAUAAAUAAAGGUAAAUAAGUAAAUAAUAUUCGAUCUGGCUCUUAUAUACAAAGUACAGCGACGGGAGCUUCCACCUUCAGCUAUAGACUCUCCACUCUAGUGUUUAGAUCUGGACGGUGCAUAAAGGACAACUCCAAGCAACUGACAGGUAAACAGACUUGAGCUGAGAAAACUGUGCAGCGGUGGGGGAUGUGAUAGCAGGCUGCUUGCUGCUUAUCGACACAUUUACAGGACAAAAGACGCUGAUAGAGAGGUGCGAAGUGAUUUAAGGUGGGACGGAUCUACGAGUUUUUUCGUAUGCUCUGGUAAUUCUAGUGUUAAGUAACCACUUCCAUCACUUUUGUGUUGUUUUUUUUUUUUCCUUCAUUUGGUAUGGCAGAUAACUCUGGAUUCGACUAUUAUAAGACUUACAGUACAUAAUCACCCACACUUACUUGUCCUAAGAAAAUUUAGAAGUGCUGAUCAACCUAAGACUUCCAUUGUUGGAAUAAGGGAAAAUAAUCCCCUGUACACCGAGAAAAUCAUCAAGAAUGCUAGGUUUGAGUAGGUGUUAAUACAAUACCUGGCUGAGAUUUGAACCAGAGUCCCUGGUGGCUGUGGUGCAAGAGUGCCAACCACUUUGUUACAGUGCCAUGCUUUUUAUUAUGUUUGAGGUUAUUUAAGGAUACAAAUAGAAAUUAACAUGCAAGUGCCUGGUGUUAAUUUUACAUUGCCUGCUUUUACCUUUGUACAACAUAAAGGGUAAAGGAUAUGAGCAAAAUUUUAAAACUAAGUCAUAGUUUGCAAAAGUUAAUGUGUUUUUAAUAUCCAGAGAAUUUGAAAAAAUAUAAAUUUUUUGUUGGACCACCUCUUUAAAAAGACAAUAUCCUGAAAGUGACCACCUGUUUAAGUUGAUGUGUACUGUGCUUCCUCUGUUGAGUUCUGCUAAGAAUGUCUUUUGUGAAAUCUUCAGCUUUUACAACUUUUGGAACUUGAAACAACCUGUCUCCAGCUUACCUCCUUCUCAAACCAUUAGUACAUAUAUUACAAAUACAAGAUUAUUAUUAUAAAUUCCUUUAAAUAUAAAACCUAUUUGUGUUACAAAUGUAUUCAAAUGUUCACAUUUCAUAUGUUUUGUUUUCAUGGUGACAAGCUCUAAUGAAUUAAAUACAUGAUGAUAAAAUCAUGUUAUCAAUUACAUUUUCCAGGACUGUGAUACAUCAAGAAGUUUUAGUAAACUACAGCAGUGAAAUACUUUUUGGAGGGAUUUGAUUUGAUGUUAAUGUUGCCAUACUAAAUUUUAUCUGUUUAAAUGAGAGUGUUUAUAAAUUUAUCUCCAGUCACUCUGGGUAAACUCAAAUAAUGUAAGGUAAACUGAAUGCUAUAUAGACCUAAAUAGAUUGAUUCAUCAGCCAUCUGCAAGAGUCAAUUGUAUGACUAAAACUUAAACGUACGUACCUUGUUGUACGACUGUAUAGAUACUAAGUAACACACUGUACCCUCUGAAUAUACACAGUUUGUAUUUUUGGGGCUCAUUUCAAUAAUAGUAGCCAUUCAUUUGUAAAUUGUUUUCUUCUGUUCUUAUAAAAAAUAAAAUUUAAUUCUUGUGA